AUGGCUUCCAUCUACGAAAACGCCUUUCUUAAUAUCUGCGCAGAAUACUCCCCAGGAGUGCAUACCGGUAUCUUCUCCGAGCCAACGGAGCCCGAUCACCUCCUCGGGACCUUCGAUGGCACAUCGGUCUACAUUCGCCUGAACCCCCAUGGAUGGAAGUCCUAUGAGCUUAACCCCCUCCAGGAUCGCGGCUGGACCUUUCAAGAGCAGCAUUCGGCAAUGGAGUUCCAUAACGAUGAACAGGACCCGGUCGAGAAGUGGCAUCGCGUGGUCAGUGAUUACGCCAUGCGCAAGCUGACAUAUGAUUCUGACAAGCUGCCCGCGAUAUCUGGGAUCGCGAAGAGAUGCCUGGCUUUUCGGGACAGCGAUGAUGAAUAUCUGGCGGGGUUAUGGCGGAAGAGCCUGCUCGCAGACCUCACCUGGUGCUACCAUGACGAGUUCUACAACAAACAAGGAUAUGCCGAUAUUCCAUACGUUUACUGCGCCCCUUCGUGGUCCUGGGCUUCUGUUGUGGCGACGGUGACGCCAUGCUUCACGUGGUCCUUGGGUUCGACAACCAGGUCUGGAGAACCGUAUCGGCCUCUCUGCGAUAUUCACGAUGCAAAAUGCACGCUCAAGGGGUUGGAUCCAAUGGGCGAGGUAUCUGACGGAUCCAUUGACAUCUCUGGGCCAAUACUGCGAGCAACCAUCACUUCGAAUGAUGCGGAGUCUUACGAUUUCACCGUCAAUGACAUGGAAGAUGGGCUAUACAAGGAAUUAUUUGCGCCGGACUGCUUUGAAGACAAAGAGCCUCCUGGCGUUGAUGCGCUGCGAAGAAUGGACUGA